UUUUAGCGGCCGGUGAAGUGCCACGUUACGUUGGCUCAGUAGACGUUCUUGUUGUUUACAGCGCUUUAACACAGGCCCGAGGAUUCCUCCCGUCCGGAACCAUUUACGAUUUUAUUACCUGUAUCUGUUCUUUUGUUACAAGGGUCGUUAUAUGAAACCUCCACUCUGGAUCGCGGCGGCAGCAACAGGAAGAAGAAGAUAGAGGAAUUCUCUCGGUCUUCUCGGGAAAAACUUGUCCAGUCGAAGAACAAAAUGUUCUCAAAAUUCACCUCCAUUCUCCAGCACGCAGUGGAAGCACUGGCCCCUUCACUGCCCUUGCAGGAAGACUUUGUUUAUCACUGGAAGGCCAUUACACAUUAUUACAUUGAAACAUCUGACGACAAAGCUCCUGUUACAGACACCAACAUUCCUUCCCACCUGGAACAGAUGCUGGACAUCCUGACUCAGGAGGAAGAGGAGAGGGAGUCUGGAGAAACUGGACCGUGCAUGGAGUACCUGCUACAUCACAAGAUCCUGGAAACUCUCUACACCUUAGGGAAGGCAGAUUGUCCUCCAGGGAUGAAGCAGCAGGUGCUGACCUUCUAUACGAAGCUGCUUGCUCACAUUCGUCAGCCUCUUCUGCCACACAUCAAUGUCCACAGACCCGUACAGAAACUGAUCCGUCUGUGUGGAGAGGUGCUGGCUGCCCCGACAGAGAAUGAAGAGAUCCAGUUCCUUUGUAUUGUAUGUGCCAAACUGAAGCAGGACCCGUACCUUGUCAACUUCUUCCUUGAGAAUAAGACAAAGAGGUCAGAGUCAAAGAGCCCUGGACGGACUGAGGUGUUGAAGGAGACUGUGUCGGCCCCAGACACAGGCCAGCCACAUGAAGAGGAGCAUCCAGAGGAGCCCCGGGCUGCAGCCGCCACCUCCAGCCCAGGUCCAACUGGCAACAGCAGCAGCAACUACAACCUGGUCACCUCUUUACUCAACCUCACCAAGAGCCCCGAUGGCAGGAUCGUGGUGAAGGCGUGUGAAGGUUUGAUGCUGCUGGUCAGUUUACCAGAGCCUGCAGCUGCCAAGUGUCUGACUGAGAACACUGAACUCUGUGAGCUUCUGACUGACAGACUGGUGGCCUUCUACAAGGCCCUGCCACAGUCCAUGGACCCACUGGACAUCGAGACGGUUGAGUCAGUCAACUGGGGGUUGGAUGUGUAUAACCUGAAGGAGGAUGCUGCUGUCUUUAAAGGAAAGAGGGCUCUCAUCUCCUUCCUAUCCUGGCUGGAUUAUUGUGACCAGCUCAUCAAGGAGGCUCAGAAGUCUGCGGCUGCAGUGAUGGCCAAAGCGGUGAGACACAGAUUCUUCGAGUCCGUUAUGGAACCACAGCUCAUGCAGACUGUAUGUAUGGGCAGGUCAGAGGUCGGCAUCCUGACGUCCACAGCCCUGCUGAACAGGAUCAUCCGGCAGGUGACGUCAGAGGCUUUGCUGCAGGAGGUGGUUUACUUUCUGCUGGGGGAAGAGAAGGCGCCUGAGAGUCCAGCGACCAUCACUCAGAAUCCUCUCAGGCACAGACUGAUUGGACACUGUGAUCACCUAUCAGACGAGAUCAGCAUCAUGACCCUGCGUCUGUUCGAGCAGCUGAUCCAGAAGCCUGACCCACACAUCCUGCACAGCCUGGUGCUGCGCGGCCUGGAGGAGAGGAACUACCUGGAGAACAAGCCGCAGGAGGAGCGGGAGCCACUGGAGAACGGCCAGCCUCACGAUGCUAUAGAUCUUGAGGAGGAUCCACUCUUUGGUGAUGACCUUUCUCCAGACAGCAGGCUGUCUGGUUCUAAUUGGGUUAGCUCCUCCCCCCAACCGAGUCCAGACCACUCGAAGGCUGACGGGAAGACUGAGGUCCAUAAGAUUGUCAACAGUUUCCUGUGUUUGGUGCCAGACGAGGCGAAGUCGUCGUACCACGUUGAAGGCAUGGGCUACGACACCUACCUCAGAGAUGCUCACAGACAAUUCAGGGACUACUGUGGAGUGUGCCAGCGCUGGGACUGGAGGGGGAACCCAAAGCCUUUGGACAGGUGCAACCUGGACUUCCCAUUCUACGAGGGCCACUUUCUCAAAGUACUCUUUGACAGGAUGGGCCGCAUCCUAGAUCAGCCGUACGAUGUCAACCUGCAGGUGACGGCGGUGUUGUCCAAGCUGUCAUUGUUGCCGCACCCCCACGUGCACGAGUACCUGUUGGAUCCAUAUAUCAGCCUGGCUCCUGGCUGCAGGUCUUUGUUCUCUGUGGUCGUCAGGGUGGUCGGGGAUCUGAUGUUGAGGAUUCAGUGCAUCACAGACUUCACGGCCAAACUGCUGCUGGUCAGGAAGAGGUUACUGCGUCUGGAACCAGAGUGCGUCAACAUUGACCAUGUGACCCUGCUGGAGGGGGUGAUCGUGCUGGAGGAGUUCUGUAAGGAGUUGGCCGCCAUCGCCUUCGUCAAAUACCACUCAGCUGCCGCUGCCUCGCCAUGAUCGCCCUGCUGUGGAUCCCGCUGCCUCGGCCACACCGGUCCCACCAGAACUGGGCUCGGAAAGGUGGUGCCACAGGGUCCCAUACACCAGAACCAGCCUGACAGGCAGGUCAGAGCAGUCAGUCCGGAGAGGGGAGCACCUCCUGCUCGACCACAGCCCAGUGACGGCGGGCGCACCUUUAUUUAUUUGUUAAUGCCUUAGUGUGGAAUCCCACCUUUCAGUUCAUCCUGUCAUGUUGUGCAUCUGAGGACGCGCUCGCUCGCUGUGUGUGGUUACAUAAACAUGGAGCUAUUUCUGCACACUUUUAAAGCCACACCCCCUUAUUUAUUGACCCACCUUUUAGCUCUGUUGACUUUCCACCCAAAGAUUUCGACCGUCAUCACUUUGUGUUGGAUUUGCAGACACACCUCACGCAGCUGCACUUGUUACAUUUUCUACAAAUGCCUGUGGAAAGACCGGCGACUCAUUUGUGCUUCUUUCUAAGCGCACUGUUGCGCACACACACCAGUGGUCACUGAUCCAGGAUAUGGUCCCCCCCCCCCUCUGCUUGUGCACACCAUCAUCCAAACUGUACCAGACUGUCUGCCAAGAGCUCGUUACCAUGACGAAUAAACCACACUGCUGAUUCCGAAGUUGUAAAUCGCAGCUCUGAUGUAACGUCGGGAUCCGCGAUGGAAACAAGCUGGAGUGUUAAAACUGCAUCAUGUAUUUUUAUUUAUGUUUUUCAUAUACACCUGCUCUGCACAUCUGGAGUCAGAUUUGCACAUAGUCUUUGUCCUCUUUAAUGAGAACAUAUUUAAAAAAAAGAAAAGGUGGGGGGCUCUGGCCCUGACCCCUGCAAAUGUUUAAUAAACCAAAAAUAUUUUAACGUUGACAACUUUUUUUAAAUGUACAUUUUAAAAUUCUGUCUCUGAUGUUUGUUGUACAGUGACACGUAUACUACCUGCUGUGGCCACGUUGGGUUUUGGGGGUUUAAAGCUGUUGGUUCUUCCCAUCACAUUUUGACUUUGUUGCAUGUAAUCAACAUGCCUGUGCUCCUGUUCUCUGCGUCUCUUUUUCAGCAGACUUAAAGCCCUGAACAAUCCCUUUAACACAAACAAAACCUUA